AUGUCGCGCACGGCGCCGGUCGAAAUCAUCGGCGGCGAGGCACAGCCGCCGCCCUGCGACGUCACUCACACGGCCCCCGCCGUCGUCUUCUCUACCGGGGGCUACGCCGGCAACUUCUUCCACGACGUGAGCGAGGUGCUCAUCCCCCUGUUCCUCACCGCCGGCCAGCUCCGACACGUCCAACUCGUCGCCAGCGACUACCAGUACUACUGGGUGGCCAAGUACCGCCGAGUCCUCGACCACCUCGCCGGCAGCCCCGAGCAGGCGGGCGUCGUGGCGGCGGCCUCGCCGUCGUCCCCCGUCGAGCCCACGGUGCACUGCUUUCCCGCGGCGGUGGUGGGUCUCAAGUACCACGGCAACCUCGCCUGCAACGCCACCGCGCCACCCGGUGGCGUCACCAUCCACGACUUCCGCCGCUUCCUCCGGGAGGCGCUGUCCCUCUCCCCCCUUACUCCCAAUCCGCCGCCCGCCGAGGACCAGCGGCGGCCGCUGCUGGUGCUCCUCUCGCGGAGGAAUUCGCGGGCGCUGCUGAACGAGGCCGCGGUGGCGGAGCUUGCGAGGGAGGUGGGGUUCCGCGUGGAGGUGGCGGGCCCGGAAGCCUUGAACCGGCUGGAGGCGUUCUCCCGGGUGGUGGCAGGGGCGGCGGUGCUGGUGGGGGUGCACGGGGCGGGAAUGACGAACAUGGUGUUCCUGCGGGAGGGGGCGGUGGUGCUGCAGGUGGUGCCGUGGGGGCUGCAGUGGGCGGCCAUGGCGUACUUCCAGUGGCCGGCGGAGGCGAUGGGGCUGCAGUACAUGGAGUACAAGGUGGCGGUGGAGGAGAGCACCCUCUCCGAAGAUUACCCGCCGGACCACCCCGUGUUGGCCGACCCCUGGGCCAUCGACCGCCUCGGGUACAACGUCAGCGGCCCCGUCUACACCGACGGCCAGAAGGUACGCCUGAACCUCACCAGGUUCAGGGAGUCCCUCCUCGAGGCCCUGCGGCGGCUCCCUCGCCCGGCUUGA